AUGGAUUAUCUCAAGCUCAGCGAAGAUGAGGCCUACACCCUCGCACCCCUGCCGGCCGCCAUUCGACACGGCCUGCAUGCUGUUGCAACUCUAGCUUUCCUGAGCUUCAUUUUUGUCUUCGCCCUUUUGGUGUACCUCAGCUGGAGAUUCGUCAAGUGGCAUAUCAGGCAACCCUCGCAAGAGGUUUCAAGCCUACCAGCUUCAAAUUUCCAGGUUGAUGAGGACAAAUUCCACGAGAUGCUGGCGAUGUCGCGGAGUUUUACUGUUUCGGCGGAAUCACAACCCACUGAAGCCGAUAAUGGGAUGCCAUCACGACCGCAAACUGGCUUCUGGAAUCGAAUCAGAGCCAACCCCCCGAAUCAGCUUCUCUUUGCAAAGCACAGGCCUGGUUCCUGUCAACUGGGAAUCUCGUUUCAAGCGUCUUUGACGGCAAUUGCGGCUCACAGCUACCUUAGUAUCGUCAGGAAUUUCCGACCGCCCUCUCGCGUCUUCUGCCCAGUCCUCGUGGCACUCUGGUCGUCUGUAUCCGGAAUGGCUCUCUUGGGAAUUGCGAUAUCUGGUGGUUCGUCAGAUUUCUAUGGCCGGGCAGGCGAAUGGUGCUGGAUCACCUCCAAUUAUCAAGAGCUUCGUUUGUACCUCCAUUACCUAUGGAUCUUUAUCUGUCUUGUGGCCACAAGCGUGAUAUAUCUCGCCAUCGUCAUUCAUCUCUUGACUCACCGCAAGCCCAUCGCUUCAAGCUGCCAACAAACCUCGCCCGGUACCCAGUAUGCCACACAAGAGCAGAAGCUUCGCGAGAUAAGCAGCUUUCUGGCAUACCCGUUAAUCUACAUUCUCUGUACCGUGCCAAUCGCUACAGCCAGAAUCGGAUCCAUGGUCAAACAUGAGCCCCCGGUCCUCUUCUCCAGCGUGGCAGGCUCUUUGCUGGCUUCAGCAGGAUUACUAGACGUCCUCCUGUACUCUCUCACUCGGAAAUCCAUUGUCUUCUCUGGUCAGAUACCACCCACUCAAGACACAGGGCUGGAAACAUUUGGAUUCAUGGCAAGCUCUCUUCGCACACCACAUGGAAGAGCUUUCGGAAAUAUGGUGUUUAUCGAGGGUGAAACCCAAACCCACAGCGGCUCGGGCAUCAGGCGACUCUGGGGAUGGGUUUGUAAUUUGUGGAGGACAGUGUUUCCAAAGCGUUCCGAAAGAGCUUGGAGGGACAGGCUUGCGAGCGUGGAAGUUCCUUUUGGGCCGAGGACUGAACGCGGGCAGGCGGAUUGGGACAGCUCGUGGAUGAGCUUGGGUGUGGACGCCUCCGAGGUCGCGUGGAAGCGCCCCCGCGCGCUGAAACCAGAGAUCGGAUGUGAGACGACAACGCGCGUCCACACGCAAUAUCAAGGGUGA